AUGGUAGAAGACAGGGUUACCACCAUUACCACAAAUGAUACGGAUGUGACGCCAGAGCAACUUGACCUGUACAUCCACAAGAUGAAACCCGAUCAACAGCAGUGCAACCAUUCAAUUGUUUACAGUGAACCAGACACGCCCACGAAACGCUUGCCGCCUCAGCACCACGCCCACCGCCUCAUGAACACGCCCACCGCCUCAGCACCACGCCCACCGCCUCAUGAACACGCCCACCGCAUCAUGAACACGCCCACCGCCUCAGCACCACGCCCACCGCAUCAUCAUCACGCCCACCGCCUCAGCACCACGCCCACCGCAUCAUCAUCACGCCCACCGCCUCAGCACCACGCCCGUCGCCUCAUGAACACGCCCACCGCCUCAUGA